CACCCAACCUUCUGGCCCCGUGGAGUCCCUUAGGAUUCUCUGCGGAUCUGCUGAUCAGAUUGUUGCAUCAAAGACAGAUGGCUGACAGUGGUAGAAAAGACAAAAUUAAGUGGACAACUACCAUUAUUAUUAGCUCAUCUCUUAAGAAUUAUGAAGUCGCAACUGCCCUAGAAAAUCAAAAUCACAAAAUUCGAUAUUCAGAUUCAGUGGAAAAUGGAUCCAUUAUAUUUUCUCUUUCUGGAGUUGCAUUUUUAUUGAUGGAUUCUAAAGCAUGUAUUACAUCAGCUGAAGAAGUAUUUCUAGUCAAAAUUGAAAAGUUUAUUAACACUCACCAAAAUAGCUUUUUGGUUUUAUCUGCUGCCCUUCAUGGGCCAGAGGAAUGGAAACUGAUGUUCAAAAUUCAGCAGAGAUUCCUGGGUAGUAACUUACGAAUACUUCCAGUACAUAAUACAGUAAAUGCUAUUAAUCUUAUGUGCACUAUAGCUAAGAUCAACUCCAAACCAUAUACAGAUAGCAUCUGCUACAGAAUGAGAAUAACUAAAUCUUACAUCAUUGAGAAAAGUCCUGUUUGGAAAACACUUCAAAAGAUAAAGCUGAGUAGUGAUUCAUUUAAUUCAAAUUAG